AUGCCCGCCAUCCAAGUCGAAACCAGUAACGCUGCUCGCGAUGUCGCAAAGCUCGUCGCCCGCGUUACAACCUCAACUCGUAUCGGUAGAACCCGAAGCGGCGUCAGAGUAAUUGGAGGCGGCAUCAUCGCAGCUAUCGUCGUCGGCGUAGUCAUCUUCCUCGCCGUAAUCGUUAUCGGUAUCUGUCUCUUCCGCCGACACAAGACCCAGAGCAAGAGACGUCAGCAGGAGAUGAACAAAUACUACGGCGGCGACGGCCGGUCCAGCAUCGGCACUGACGCCCCUCCGCCCGGCCCUGGCUACGGAAACAACAACACCAACAACGGCUAUGGCUACACCCAAGGUUACGGUCAAGGUCAGAACCAGGGCUACGGAUAUGCGCACAUGGCUCAGCCUGGUGAGGCUGGGUACGUGGCACCGAGCGACGGCGGCGUAGCUCCGAUGGCACCUGCUUAUACCGCCAACCAUGUUACGCACACGAAGUAA